CUCUCUCUCUCUCUCUCUCUCUCUCUCUAUCUUUCUUUCUUUUUUUUAAUUUCAAUCUUGAAAAAGAGAAUAUUUAUUUUAUCCUGAUCUUGGUCAAGACAAGAGAGAAACACUUUAAAGAAACAAGAAAAUUAAAUUUGUAGGUUUCCUCUUUCUCUUUCUACUAUAUGGCAAGAUGAAGUUAUUUCUUCAUCUUUUGUCCAUGAUGACACGCGUUUAUAGGUUACUCAUACUUUAUAGUAAAAAUGACUGACUCGAGUGAAGUAAACGUGGAUUCUAUCAUUGAAAGAUUAUUAGAAGUCAGAGGCAAUAGACCUGGAAAACAAGUGCAAUUAGAAGAACAUGAAAUUCGAUACCUUUGUCUAACUGCUCGUGAUAUCUUUAUGAGUCAACCUAUUUUAUUGGACUUGGAAGCGCCUAUCAAGAUUUGUGGUGAUAUUCAUGGUCAAUACUAUGAUCUUUUGAGAUUAUUUGAAUAUGGUGGAUUCCCUCCAGAAUCCAAUUAUUUGUUUAUGGGUGAUUAUGUAGACAGAGGAAAACAAUCAUUGGAAACUAUUUGUUUGUUAUUGGCAUAUAAGAUCAAGUAUCCCGAGAAUUUCUUUAUUCUUCGUGGUAAUCAUGAAUGUGCAAGUAUCAAUCGUAUCUAUGGCUUCUAUGAUGAAUGUAAAAGAAGAUACAACAUCAAAUUGUGGAAGACAUUCACAGAUUGCUUUAAUUGUUUGCCAAUUGCUGCCUUAGUUGAUGAAAAGAUCUUUUGUAUGCAUGGUGGUCUUUCUCCUGAUCUUCAAUCGUUUGAACAGAUUCGACGAGUGAUGAGACCUACGGAUGUACCCGAUACUGGCCUUCUUUGUGACCUUCUUUGGUCGGACCCUGACAAGGAUAUCUUGGGUUGGAGUGAAAAUGACCGUGGUGUCUCAUUCACAUUUGGACCUGAUAUUGUCUCAAGAUUCUUACAAAAACACGACAUUGAUCUUAUCUGUAGAGCACAUCAAGUCGUUGAGGAUGGUUAUGAAUUCUUCUCAAAGCGUCAAUUAGUCACUAUCUUUUCAGCACCUAAUUACUGUGGUGAAUUCGAUAAUGCUGGUGCUAUGAUGAGUGUGGAUGAUUCUUUAAUGUGUUCAUUCCAAAUCCUUAAACCUGCAGAGAAAAGAGCCAAAUAUGGUGGAUAUGCUGGUAACAAAAAUGCGCCAAGAGGUAAAAAGAAGAAUGGCUCUUCGUAAAUUGUGUUAUAUCUUCCUCUUUUUUCUUUCUUUAUCUCGUUUCCUUUAUACUAUUACCUUUUUAUUUUGUAAUAAAAAAAAAUUCAACAUGUUU